CCAAACAUACUCGUCACUCGAAUAUGCCUCUGUCGAAAGCCUUUCCUCCAAGCAAUAAUAUCCGACUAUGGACGUCUUGUCGACAGGGAUUCAACCAACGCCAACGGCAUGAGUGCUGCCGUUGGCAAAUCAAGCCGAUUUGAUGGUGGCACUCAAUGCAUUUCCACAUACAAAAGCGACUAUCCCCAAGUCGAUACCACACCUGAUUUUGCAAUUAGUGCUUCUCUAUACGAUGGAUUGAACACAGCAACAAGUCAUGGAUAUCAGAACGUAUCUUUUACAUGUGUGUAUGGCAACUGCACAUGGCCUGGAUACAUAUCUAUAGCUGUACGUAGUACCUGCUUCGACAUCUCUAGCCAUCUAAAGAGGACAACUCCGAAUGACUCGACGGGAAAGAUAAAGUCUUCGACCCAAGAUCCGUCUCCCGGAUCGACCGACACUCCUACCACCGAUUCGUUCCAUUGUGACGCCAGCGACUGCUGGGCGGGAGAAGAGGCAUAUCCCACUGUUCAGUCAGAAUUGGCGGCAUCGUCGGAUCCUUCAGCCAGGUGGACAAAUUGGACGCUGGAACAUCUCAACUUGACUCUUUCAAACACGAAUGGGAUGUGGCGUAACGCAAGCACUUUUGCUGUUCUUCAAGCAAAAGUGGUGGCCGAUCCAGAUCUCACAGUCAAUUUCAAGACCUCACAGGCAUUGCUCGCUGGAUUCAAUAUAAUCCGGACUGACAAUAGCCAAGCUUUGGGCAGCCCGGCCUGGGAUGCUGCAGGCGCGUCGGCCGUGGAGUGUGGACUGGAACUGACUCUUAAUCUUUACAAUUCCACGGUCGUCAACAAUGUCCUGAUCGAGCACAUCUUGGCAAGCGCCUCUCCGAAAGUUCUUGAGUCGUGGUUGCCUUCACCCGACGUCGAUCAAAGUGGUGUCCACCCGAAUGGGUUUCCGGUCGACCUGGGAACAAAGGAGUGGAAUCCGAUAUAUCACGAUACGUUUCUGUAUCGCGACGACUAUGCUCUGGAUCCCUCCACUUUGCCAACAAACGAUACACAAAGAUUCAGCAUAACGCAAAGGACUCUGCUAAGCACAAUAGACUUUUUGACAUCAUUGAUCAGACAAAACAACGAUAAUGAAACGGUCAAAGCGGUGACUCAAGAUGAUCAAGCUCCUCUGUACACUUUUGGGAGCCCCAUUCUCCAACCGAUCUUCAAUCUGACAAAUACAACAGCGACAUUCGAUUCUAUAGCUAAAAGCAUGAGCAACGCGAUCCGGAAUAUUGGGACGGAACUGAUCGUGGGGACAACACAGCAGUGGGUCAGAUAUUACCAAGUCCGUUGGNGCGUUCCUAGCUCUGCCAUUAUCCUUGAUCACAAG